AUGGGAAACCUGGGCUUCAUAGAUAUUCUGCCCACCGAAGAGCCCACUGAAGAGCCCUUCACAAGAGAGGAAUCUCUAGAACAGUAUGAAUAUGUUCAUGAUGAGCAAAACACAGAACCAAUCACUGAACCCAGUCAAAUUGAUGACACUGAACAAUAUACAGAACAGCACAGAAAGGACAAAACGGAGCCCUCCAAGACUAAAGCACGCUGCUUCCUUGAGAAAGAUUCAGGCCGUGUGUGUGGAUCGUAUAUUUCCAGAUGGUAUUACAGCCAGCAAACUAAGAAAUGCAUGCGAUUCUGGUAUGGUGGUUGUGGCGGAAAUGAAAACCGAUUCUUGACUGAGGAUGAGUGCUUUAAGGAAUGUGUGUCUACAGAAUCUGAAAAUCUUCCCAAGGAUGAUUCCAGUAUCAAGGACAUUUGCCAGCUCAUACCUGAUGCAGGAACUUGCUCAAACUUUUCAGUGAAAUGGUACUUUAACGUCAGCAGUGGUGAAUGUGUCCAGUUCUGGUAUGGAGGCUGUGACGGGAACAGCAACAGGUUCAACACUCAGGAGGAUUGUGAGAUUCGCUGUCUCAGGGCCAAAAAAAUAUCUCCAAACGUCUAAACUGUGAUGUCUAAUGAAUUUUAGCAGCUUCAUUCUUUCGUGAUCAUGAUCAUAUUCUCAUCAUGAUUGUCAAAUGGCAGCCAUAGAAGAAGUUUUAGCUAUAUGUAUUUAUAUAUUUAGCUAAAUGUAAAUGUAUAUUUAGCUAAAUUUGAGUGUAGGAAAGAUUUGAUUACAAGAGCAGAAUUUGUUUAAAGGUGAAGUUUCUAAUGAUGUGUCAUUAUUUGCACCAGAAAGAACUGCAAAAAAUAAUGAUUCAUUUUUAAUCAUUUCAUCCAUUGCUCAAUGAAACUCAAGGCACAGGUUGAGACUAUGUUGUUAGACAGCUUAAAUGUUCAGAUUGCAAUUCUGUUUGGUGCCAUUAGCAGUGCAGAGAAAACACUAAGAAAAAAAAAUA